AUGGUUUCGCUUUGGGGCAAGAAUAACGACAAUGGAAACCGAGAAGACCAGCAGGAUCAUGAAGAUGAACAGCCAGUUACAAGACAGCAACAAGAGGCAGACGAACGAACACGGUUGCUACCACGAGAUAACCAGGCUUAUCUGAGCCCUGACGAUCCUGCUGUCUCCCCAUACAACAUCUGGGGCAUACGAGCCCUACGAGGAUUAUCAGCCUUAUUCCUCGCCAUCAGCUUCGUCUGGUGGACAUUCCUUCUCGUUUCUCUCUUCGUCAACCCGCCAGUGUUGCAUACCCGUGGCUCCGGCUUCUUCCCGUUUGCCUAUACCACGUUGACCACCGGAUACCUCGUUAUCGCAUUGCUAUUCUUCUCCAUUCCAUCGAAGCCAAUGACAAUCUGGGGAGCCAUUAUCUCAGUCUUCCUCCUCGUCGACAUGUGCAUCAUCCUUGGAGUCCCCGGUCUCCGUGUUGAGGAAGGAUGGGUCGGAAUCGCAUCAGUAGUCUGGGCCACGUUCAUCGCCCUAUUCAACGUCAUCCAAAACCACUCCGUCGGCUGGGGCAAGCGCGAGGAGGAAGAACGACUCACCGGCCGUGAAGAAACCCGCCGACCACUCGGAGAAUGGGUAGCCGUCUUGAUCGAAAUCGUCAUCAUGGGCGUCCUGGCUAUCGUUUCAAUUCUCUUCACGCUAACCCUCAUCCUCCGCGCCCGGGACGCCUCCCUCGAAGUUCCAGGCAAGAAAUACCUCGUCCACGGUGACGCCUACCAAGUUCACCUAACCUGCGUCGGCGAAACGUCCAAUAAAAACGGCAAGGGUGACCCGAUCCCCACCAUCCUCAUCGAAGGCGGCGAAGAACCAGUCGAACAAUCCCUCCAGCCCUUCAUCGACGACGCGUACCAAAACGGUUCCAUUCAGCGCUACUGCUACUGGGACCGUCCGGGUCUCGCCUGGUCUGACAAUGCACCCUCCCCGCAUUCCGCCGGAAUGGCCUCUGACGCCCUCUCCGAGGCCCUCGCCCUAGCCGGCGAAGAGGGGCCUUGGAUCCUCGUCUCUGCGGGUGUAGGCGGUAUCUACAGUCGUAUCUUCGCUAGUCGCCAUCUUCUCGAAGUCAAGGGCUUCCUGCUCAUCGAUACCCUACACGAAGACCUCCUCAAGGAUCUUGGCAGGCCCGGCCGCGGCUUCGUCAUCUGGCUUCGAGGUAUCAUCUCCCCACUUGGGUUGGACAGAAUCGCCGGCGCAAUAUUCAAGGGCCGCUCGCGCGAGGACCGCGUCUUCGGCCGGUCCGCGUAUCAAACCGGUAGCUUCAUCCGCGCCAAGUUACAAGAGAAUCUCGCCGCGCAGACUAUCACGUACUCUGAAAUCCGCACGGCGCAACAUGUCCAGAUGCCUGAUACGCCAGUUGUGGUUGUUAGUUCUGGGACUGAAGUCCGGAGGAAUGACCAGUGGGCGAAGAAGCAGGAGGAACUUACUAAGAUCACGGAUAAUUUGAAGGAUUGGGAUAUUGUUCGGGGUGCGCCACAUGAGAUUUGGAGGGCUGCGGAGGGGAGGGCUAUUUUGGAGAAGAGAUUGCGCGAGUUGGUUGAGGUUUGA